UUGAUGCAAUUAUGCAUUAAAUGAUAUCAUACAAGGAUCGCGGAUAUUUUGUUGACAUAUUACACUGCUUCACUGAAACAGACUCUAUUUAUGAUUUAUACAAAACCAACUCAGACACACGGAAUCUUUCAUCAGCUAUACGGUCACUUUUGAUCAAGCAUAGAACAGCCCUACAAGUUCUUUAUCAAACAGGAACAUGGUAGCGAGCAGUAUGUUGUACAAGGGAUCCUCUUGCUUUGCACGUAUGAGUAUGAUAGGCCUAUCACCUGCGAAGACAAGCCUUUGGUUGGGUAAAGGUCAAUUGACCAAGGCCUGCAGAAAUCACAAGCAGUUAUUGAGUACAUCAUGCAUGGCAUUGCAAGGUGUUCAGGGGAAGAAGCAGACAUCUUCAGGCCUUGCUCCACACUUCAAGAGAAAUCUUGAUACAAAUAAAGGAAAUCAGGAGGCUGCUACAGACACUGUGGAUUACCUUCUUCCCCAUCCCAUCUGGUCAAAGGAUGAAGUUCAGAGUGUUAUAGUAACUCACAAAGAACCUGAAGAAAGAAGUGACAAGCUUGCCUAUUAUGCAGUACAAAUGACGCGGUUUGGUUUUGACACAUUCUCUGGUUUCAGUUUUGGUAAAAGGACUGAAGCAAAAUGGCUGAGACGAAUCAUUUUCCUGGAGACUGUUGCUGGAGUUCCCGGAAUGGUAGGUGGAAUGUUGCGUCAUCUUAGAUCAUUGAGACGUAUGGAACGUGAUCAUGGCUGGAUACAUACAUUACUUGAGGAAGCUGAGAAUGAACGAAUGCACUUAAUGACUGCACUUGAACUCAAGAAACCAUCAAAAUUCUUUACUUUAGCAGUGCUUGGAGCCCAAGGUAUUUUUGUAAACAUUUUCUUCGUCGCAUACCUAAUCAGUCCUUGCUUUUGUCAUCGUUUUGUUGGCUACCUGGAGGAGGAAGCAGUUAAAACAUACACCAUGCUCAUUCAGGAAAUCGAUGAUGGGACUAUGGCUGAAUGGCAGAACAAAGCAUCGCCUGACAUAGCGACAAAAUACUGGAAGCUACAACCUGAUGCAAUGAUGAGAGAUGUGAUUCUGGCAAUCCGGGCAGAUGAAGCACACCACAGAGAUGUCAACCACACACUUGGAACACUCAAUCUUACAGACCAAAACCCAUUCCCUCCUGGAAAGUAAAGGUUGCUAGUACAUUUAUUAAAAAUACUAAAUAUUGUACUAGAUUUAUUAUAUAUGGUGACAGUUCCAGGAAUUUGAAUAGAGGGGACCCAGGGAGGGACUUUCACAGAUGGAGGGUCUAGAUCACCUCCCUUCCUUGGUGGGGGGGGGGCUCAGAUUCUGCCUCUGAUAUAUUACACAAUUCCCUAAGGUGUGUAUUCCUAGUUUCAUUUCUUAAAUCAAUAUUUAAAAUAUAUAUUACACAGAUAUUGCCUGCUUAGAGGUGUAAUAUAAUAUUUGAUUAUUUCAUUAAAUUGUAAUAUAGUUAAGCUACUAAAAGUAGUUAAUAUAAAUAUUCCUUGCUUUUAUAAAGAAGCUUGGACGGUUGGUGGAGGUGGUAUUAAAAAUGAACCCACCACUCCGGCAGAAAUUUAUGAUGAAUUUAUUUGGGGCUAUCCUUUGAUUAAAAUUGAUAACAAACCUUUAUAGUCCAAAGCUUGCAUUGACUCAGGUAUUUUAAAAAUUAAGGAUGUCUUCAGUAACGGUAAAUUAGUAAAUCCGGAGUUCUUUAAAAAUAUGAGUAUUCACUGCUGCAAUUGGGUCAUGAUAUAUUGGGCACUAAAAAACGCUAUUCCAAAGAAAUGUUGACUAAUCUAAAAGAUCAUUUUACAAAAUGUGAUAUCGUAGAUCAAAACAAAGACGGUUUUCAAAUGCUGGAGUAUAAUAGUUUAGAGGCGAUACCAUUAUAUAAGGCAAGUAACAAAAUUAUACAUAAAAAUGUAAUACAAAAAGAUAUUAUUACGCCGAAAAAGAAUUUUUUUUAUACUGGCAAGUCGUAUUGCACCAUGACCUUAUUGAAUGGAAAAGUGUUUGGAAAAAGAAAAUUGAUCAAAUCUAUAAAAUAAAACUCAAACAAUUCAAUUUUAAGCUUUUACAUGCAAUUUUAACAACCAACAAAAAAUCAUUUGAAUACAAAAUUAUAGAAUCACCAAUUAUGUACACUGUGUGGUAUAACGAAAGAUUACCUACAUAUGAUGUUUGAUUGUAAACGUGUA